UCCCCUCACGCCGGACCCGCCAUGGACGUGAAGCGGCUGAAGGUGACCGAGCUGCGGGCCGAGCUGGGCCGGCGCGGGCUGGACGCCCGCGGGCUGAAGGUGGAGCUGGCGCAGCGGCUGCAGGAGGCCCUGGACGCCGAGAUGUUGGCGGCAGGGCCUGAGGAAGGCGGCGGAGGAGGAGGAGGAGGAGGAGGAGAGGCCGGCCGCCGCGCCCGGGGCCUGGGAGGAGGAGGAGGAGGAGGAGGAGGAGAAGCGGGGCCGGCGGGAGGCCCGGCCGGGCGGCACCAACUCGGAGGGGAGGAGGAGGAGGAGGAGGAGGAGGAGGAAGAGGAGGAGGAGGAGGAAGAAGAGGAGGAGGAGGACGAGGAAGCGCUGCUCGCCGACGAGGACGAGGCGGCCGCCGCGGCCCCCGAGGCGGCCCCGGCCCAGCCCGGCCCUCCCGGGGAGGAGGAGGAGGAGGAGGAGGAGGAGGAAGAGGAGGCGGCCCCGGCCGAGCCCACGGGCCCGGAGCCGCUGCAGCCGCCGCAGGAGGAACCGGCGGCCGAGGCCGAGUCCGAAGCGGCCGAGGGAGGAGGAGGAGGAGGAGACAGCGGCGUGAACGGGGCCGAGCGGCCGCCGGAGGAAGCGCCCAGCGGGGACGAGGCGGCCGCGGCCGAGGCCAAGGAGGAGGGAGCGCAGGCGGGGGAUGAGGAGGACAAAUCCCAGGCUGCGGGAUCCGAGGCCGAGCGGCGGGGGCUGAAGCGGCAGCGGGACGAGAAGGACGAGCACGGCCGAGCCUACUACGAGUUCCGGGAGGAGGCCUACAACAGUCGGUCCAAGUCGCCGCCGCCGCCCGAGGAGGAGCCGCGGGAGGGGGAAGAGGACGAGAGCCUCGUCAUCCUCGACACCUACACGUCGGACCUGCAGUUCCGCGCCAGCCGCGACCGCUACGGGGGCCAACCCCUGUUCCCGGAGAAGUUCCCGGGGCUCUGGGCCGGCGCCCGCAGCACCCACGGAGUCACCAAGGGCCGCGUCUGCUUCGAGGCCAAGGUGACGCAGAACCUGCCCCUCAAGGAGGGCAGCCCCGAGGCCCUUUUCCGUGUGGGUUGGUCCGUGGAUUUCUCCCACUCCCAACUGGGGGAGGACGAGUUUUCCUACGGAUACGACGGGCGGGGCCUGAAGGUGGAAAAUGGGCAGUUCGAGGAGUUCGGGCAGAGCUUCGGGGAGAACGACGUCAUCGGCUGCUUUGCGGAUUUCGAGGGCUCAGAGGAGGUGGUGGAGCUGUCGUUCUCCAAGAACGGGGAAGGGCUGGGCCCGGCUUUCCGCGUUCCCAAGGAUUCCCUGGGGGAGCGGGCGCUGCUGCCCCACGUGCUGUGCAAGGGCUGCGCCGUCGAGCUCAACUUCGGCCAGCGCGACGAGCCCUUGGCGGCCGUGCCGGACGGGUUCGUUUUCAUCCACGCCCUGCCCGCCCAGGAGCGCGUGCGCACCCCCCCGGCCCCCCGCAGCACCCAGGAGUGUUAGGUGCUGCUCAUGGUGGGGCUGCCGGGCUCCGGGAAGACCCAGUGGGCUCAGAAACAUUCCCAGGAAAACCGGGAGAAGCGCUACAACAUCCUGGGAACAGAGGCCGUCCUGCACCAGCUGCGGACGAGGGGUCCAGAGGUGGAAGAGCUGGAUGCCAAGAGCAGAGACCUGCUGACCCAGCAGGCAGCCCAGUGCCUUAGCAAGCUGGUCCAGAUUGCUCCCCGCGCCAAGCGGAACUUCAUCCUCGACCAGUGCAACGUGUACAACUCGGGGCAGCGCCGCAAGCUCUUGGCCUUCAAGGGCUUCUCCAGGAAAGUCGUGGUGAUCGUCCCGACGGACGAGGACUGGAAAAAGCGGCUGGAGCUGCGCAAGGAGGCGGAAGGGGAGGACGUUCCCGAGUCGGUGAUGCUGGAGAUGAAAGCGAAUUAUUCCCUGCCGGAAAAGAACGAUUACCUGGACGAGGUGGUGUACGGGGAGCUGGGCAAGGAGGAGGCGCAGCCCUUGGUGUCCCGGUACAAGGAGGAGGCGCGGAAGCUGCUCCCGCCCUCGGAGAAACGAGCCAACCGGCGCAACAACCGCAACAAGCGCAACCGGCAGAACCGCAACCGCGGCCAGGGAUACGUGGGGGGCCAGCGCCGGGGCUACGACAACCGCGUGUACGGCCAGCAGCAGUACUGGGGGCAGCCCGGCAACCGCGGGGGGUACCGGAACUUCUACGACCGUUACCGGGGUUACGACGAUCGGUUCUACGGCCGCGACUACAACUACGACAGAUACCGGGACUACUACCAGCAGUACAAAUGCGAGUGGCAGAACUACUACCAGGACAGAGACCGGUACUACAGGAACUACUACGGCUACCAGGGGUACCGGUGAACCCCAGCCGAGGGCGGCACUUCCCAAACACUUCCGAGGAAAUCCGGGAAGGGGGGAGGGC